UUCAUAGUUUUCACAAUUUCUUCAGUUCCCUUUUGUUCUCUCCUCUCCAAAGCAGUAGGAUACCUACACAGCACAGUCAGGGCUGGCACGAGUCUGCCAUUGGCCCUUAUGAAUAGCCCAUUGUUAUACCAGAUGCAGAUUAAUAAUCUGGUUAAUUGCCCUAUUCCAUUAGACUCCUUCAGAGUUACAGGAUUAACAACUGUAUAGUAUCCGUUGCUGCAAAGUAUUAAUAUCUUACAUGAGCAUCAGCAGUGCAUCAAACAGCACAGCUGUGUUAGUUAACUGUACACCAGUUGCUGGGAAACCUUUUGUCUAGGAACGAUUCACUCAAAAUGAUUUUUUUUCUUAUAAUUUUUUUUUGCUUUUUGAGAUUGGGAGAUACUUAAUAACUUUAAAUGGCAGGAUUCAUGGACUAGCACAGGUUAUUUCUCAGAAUCUUUUGAAAUUUUCACUUACUGUGAUGAAAAUGAAAACAGUUAUAUGCUAAAAACGUUAUUCUACAGGAAAGUAAAUGUUUUCAAAACAACAUGUAUCACUGUAAAUUUGAUAAUUUUCUUUUUUACACGUGUACUCAUUCAAGGAUGCACCCUAAUGAAAGCUAGACUUGGCAAAGUAAUUCUUAAAGUAGUGUCUCCAAGAACCUCCAAAAUAAAUGAACAAUUUUUUUUGCACGCAUAUCUGCAUACAGUGUACAGUGGUCUGUAGAUCCUCCUUGUUUGUCACAUCCCUUAUUUCUCAGAAUCAAGUACAGGAUCCAGAUUUCAGAAGAAAUUUAAGCUGCUACAUCAUGACCAUCAUUUAGAUGCGUAAACCAAGUGUAAGCAGUAAAAAAAUGUUUUAUAAUAUUUAGUUUCAUUAAAGGCACUGUUUCAGCAUUUCUCUUUUUGUUUAACAUAUUUUCAGGUAUCUGCACUUUAAUCAAAUAGAAACAUUGGAUCCUGAGUCCUUUACCCAUCUUCCAAAACUUGAAAGGCUAUUUUUACAUAACAACAGAAUAGCUCAUUUGAUUCCUGGAACGUUUAGUCACUUAGAAUCAAUGAAGAGACUGCGUUUAGAUUCAAAUGCUCUUCACUGUGACUGUGAAAUCCUUUGGCUGGCAGAGCUGCUGAAGACAUACGUGGAGUCGGGCAAUGCUCAGGCAGCCGCUACCUGCGAAUACCCACGCAGGAUCCAGGGGCGGUCGGUGGCCACGAUAACACCAGAGGAACUGAACUGUGAGAGGCCAAGAAUUACAUCAGAGCCUCAGGAUGUGGACGUUACCUCAGGGAAUACAGUGUACUUCACUUGCAGAGCUGAAGGCAAUCCUAAACCAGAAAUUAUUUGGCUUCGAAACAAUAAUGAGCUCAUUAUGAAAGAAGAUUCUCGUCUAAACUUGUUAGAUGAUGGCACAUUAAUGAUUCAAAAUACUCAAGAAACUGACCAGGGCAUUUACCAGUGCAUGGCAAAAAAUGUAGCUGGAGAAGUGAAAACUCAGGAAGUUACUCUCAGAUAUUUCGGAUCACCAGCCAGGCCAAGUUUUGUGAUUCACCCGCAGAAUACGGAGGUUUUAGUUGGAGAAAGUGUCACUUUGGAGUGCAGUGCAACUGGGCACCCUCAGCCACAAAUUACAUGGACCAAAGGUGACAGAACACCUUUACCCAGUGACCCUCGCAUCACGAUAACUCCAUCAGGAGGACUUUACAUACAAAAUGUCAAGCAGGAAGACAGUGGCGAGUAUACCUGUUUUGCAACUAACAGCGUAGGUAACAUCCAUGCGACUGCGUACAUCAUAGUACAAGCUCUGCCUCAAUUUACUGUCACCCCUCAAGACAAAACUGUGAUUGAAGGGCAAACAGUUGACUUCCCUUGUGAAGCACAAGGCUAUCCACAGCCUGUUAUUGCUUGGACUAAAGGAGGAGGCCAGUUGUCUGUUGACAGAAGACAUUUAGUCCUAUCUUCUGGUACCCUGAGGAUUUCCAGAGUUGCCCUGCAUGACCAAGGACAGUAUGAAUGCCAAGCUGUCAACAUCAUUGGAUCUCAAAGAAUUGUUGUAUACCUGACUGUACAGCCUAGAGUGACUCCUGUAUUUGCCAGUGUUCCUAGUGACAUGACAGUAGAAGUUGGCACAAAUGUGCAGAUCCCAUGCAGUGCUCAAGGAGAGCCUGAGCCAGUAAUUACAUGGAAUAAGGAUGGAGUACAGGUAACUGAGAGUGGAAAAUUUCAUGUUAGUCCAGAGGGAUAUCUUACCAUUCGUGAUGUUGGAACUGCUGAUGAAGGUCGAUAUGAAUGUGUUGCCCGGAAUACCAUAGGAUACUCCUCUGUUAGUAUGGUACUUAGUGUUAAUGUCCCUAAUGUCAGCCGAAAUGGAGAUCCUUUUGUACAAACAUCAAUUGUGGAAGCAAUUGCAACUGUUGACAGAGCAAUAAAUUCAACGCGUACACAUCUUUUUGACAGUCGUCCUCGUUCUCCAAAUGAUUUGCUAGCCUUAUUUCGAUACCCAAGGGAUCCAUACACUGUUGAGCAAGCAAGAGCUGGGGAAAUAUUUGAAAGAACAUUACAGCUUAUUCAAGAUCAUGUACAGGAUGGUCUAAUGGUUGACCUGAAUGGAACAAGUUAUCACUAUAAUGACCUUGUAUCCCCACAGUACUUGAAUCUGAUAGCUAAUCUCUCGGGCUGUACAGCUCAUCGACGAGUGAACAAUUGCUCAGAUAUGUGCUUUCACCAGAAGUACAGGACACAUGAUGGAACAUGCAACAACCUGCAGCAUCCCAUGUGGGGUGCUUCUCUGACAGCCUUUGAACGUCUGUUAAAGUCUGUCUACGAAAAUGGAUUUAAUUUGCCUCGGGGAAUUGAACCCAAGAGACUCUCUAAUGGAUAUGCACUCCCAAUGCCUCGCUUGGUUUCAACUACUCUGAUUGGAACUGAAACCAUAACCCCAGAUGAGCAGUACACUCACAUGCUUAUGCAGUGGGGUCAGUUUCUCGACCAUGACCUUGAUCUCACCGUUGCUGCCUUAAGUGAGGCGAGAUUUUCAGAUGGUCAGCAUUGCAGUUCAGUUUGCACAAAUGAUCCUCCAUGCUUUUCAAUAAUGAUACCGCCAAACGAUCCCAGAGUCAGAAACGGUGCACGCUGCAUGUUUUUUGUACGCUCCAGUCCAGUUUGUGGAAGUGGCAUGACAUCUCUCCUGAUGAAUUCUGUGUACCCACGAGAACAGAUUAACCAGCUGACUUCAUAUAUUGAUGCAUCCAAUGUAUAUGGCAGUUCAGAUCAUGAAGCUUUGGAAAUCAGAGACUUGGCAAGUCAAAGGGGUCUUCUGAGACAGGGCAUUGUACAAAGAUCUGGCAAGCCCCUUCUUCCAUUUGCUACUGGCCCACCAACAGAAUGUAUGAGGGAUGAAAAUGAGAGCCCCAUUCCCUGCUUUUUAGCUGGUGAUCAGCGUUCUAAUGAACAGCUAGGUCUUACCAGUAUCCACACAUUGUGGUUUAGAGAACACAACAGAAUUGCCACAGAGCUACUGAAACUCAAUCCACACUGGGAUGGUGACACAAUUUAUCAUGAAACACGCAAAAUUGUUGGUGCAGAAAUGCAACACAUAACAUUUAGCCACUGGCUACCUAAGAUCUUUGGAGAGGUAGGCAUGAAGAUGCUUGGCGAAUAUAAAGGUUAUGAUCCCAGUGUUAAUUCUGGCAUAACUAAUGAGUUUGCAACUGCCGCUUUUAGGUUUGGUCACACACUCAUUAAUCCUUUUCUGUAUCGACUGGAUGAAAACUUUGAACCUAUUCCACAAGGCCAUCUACCUCUUCAUAAGGCAUUCUUCUCUCCAUUUCGGAUUGUAAAUGAAGGAGGCAUUGAUCCACUUCUAAGGGGAUUGUUUGGUGUUGCUGGUAAGAUGCGUGUCCCAUCACAAUUACUCAAUACAGAGUUAACAGAAAGACUCUUCUCCAUGGCACGUACUGUGGCUUUAGAUCUGGCAGCUAUGAAUAUUCAGAGAGGCAGAGAUCAUGGAAUUCCUCCCUACCAUGAUUUUAGAGUUUACUGUAAUCUUUCUUCAGCUCAGACUUUUGAAGAUCUGAAAAAUGAAAUUAAGAAUCCUGAAAUCAGGGAAAAACUUAGCAGGUUGUAUGGCUCCCCCCUGAACAUAGACCUAUUUCCUGCUUUAAUGGUAGAAGAUUUAGUUCCAGGAAGCCGACUGGGACCAACUUUGAUGUGUCUGUUAAGCACCCAGUUUAGGCGAAUCAGGGACGGAGACAGGUAAAUUGAAAUAUUAUGGA